UAUAAAUCCACACCUGAUUUUUUUCCAAUAUAACCUGCGUUUUUGUCCAUUCAGCAAGGCGUCUGUGCAAGUGUGUACAAUCUUUGCUUUUAAUCGCACUUCGAUUAAAUACUUGUUUACACGUGGUUUUCCUGCGUAUCAGUAGAAUGAUGAUCACAGUGGUACUCAUGAUCUGCAUCGGCUCUGCCUUUGCUCUCCCUGUGAAGCGCGCUGCGGGCGAGCAGACGCCAAAAGUCUGGGAUGCGCUUGCGCAGAUUCGAGGUAAAGACAAGCUCUCCAUGGAUGAUAUGCGGCAGCUGUACCUUAAUGCCAAAUCUGGCGAAGACUAUCCCAAUCUGAGCGAAAUCCCAGCGGGAAAUUUCGACUGUUCCGCGCAGAAGCAGCCUGGAUUUUAUGCCGAUGUCGACUCGAAGUGUCAAGUUAUUCGUCGAUGCGACAUCAACGGAAACCAAACUGCUUACCUCUGCCCCAACAUGACUAUCUUCAACCAGAUCACUCUGGUGUGCGAUUGGUUCUACAAUGUUGACUGCAGCCAAGCGCAGAAAUGGUAUGACUAUGCCAACAGCCGCUUGUACCAGGGCGCAGAUGUCCCGCUGUUGGACAACCAAGACGACAUUGCUCAGGAUUUGGGUGCCGUUAGUAACGCCUCGAAACCAAGCAGCAGACCAGCGCCAGCCAAGCCAGCAGGCAAAGCGACUACAGCGAAACCAGGCAAAGCGUCCACAGCGAAGCCGUCUAUCGGUGGGCGCAUUUUGAUCCCUAACGAGCCGUCGACUACGGCGAAAUCGGCUCCCGCCAAAGGAGCAACCACUAAGGCAGGCAAAGCCACUACCGCUACACCGACAACUGCCGCUGCCGUGAAUGGUGAAGAGACCACCCCGGGUGAGCCACAAGAAACAACCUCCGGCGCGGUUGGUGAAGAGAGUACAUCCGCCGCUCCAGGUGAAGGCCAAGAUACCUCCGCGGCGCCAGCGGAAGAGACGACAGCCGCUCCGACGUCCGACGAAACUAGCUCUGCAGCUGCUGAGGACACUACAGCGGCUGCUGGUGGUGACAAUGCGACAUCUGCCGCUACGGGUGGAGAAGACACUACCCCUCAAGCACCUACUGAUGUUGAGGAAACCACCACCUUACUCAGUGACGACACUACCACUGCUGCCGGAGAGGAAAGCACCGCUGCACCUUCAGGUGAGGAAACGACUGUCGCAGCUUCUAGCGAAGAAACCACAGCAGCACCUUCCGGUGAAGAAUCUACAGCUGCACCCUCAGGUGAAGAAACAACGGCCGCACCUUCAGGUGAAGAUACCAUGUCUGCUGCUGCCGCUGAAGAAACCACAGCUGCCGCUGCUGGCGGUGAAGAAUCAACUGCCGCUGCCGAAGAAACAACUGCCGCUGCGGCUGGAAACGGGGAAGAGACCACAGCCGCUGCCGAAUAAGACAUCAACAAGCUUAGCCCAGUCACCAUAAAUGCGGAUGCUUUGGAAGUAAAGUUUUUAUUGGCGUGAGACGCUUUGGUAUUGUGUCAUUUUUUGUGUUUCAUACUUUUGCCAGCUCAAUAACUUAUUCUGUGUUCUUUGUAGUUCUUUGUACCUUUAUGACAACCCUUUGAUUUUUAUCCAGGCAAUCGAACAAUUAAAUGAACUUGAUGGAUGUUGA